GUUGACCAACAAGUCUUAUUAUUUGACUCAUUACCCAUCCUCUCCUUGCGCUCCUCAUCUCUUCACAUAUCACCAAUCAAAUUGUGUCCUCUUCUGGUAUACAUCCUGUGCUAUCUGAGAGAUGGCCUCCGGUUCUAUGUCAAGGGGAUCCGCCUCCUCAUCCUGGACCCCUAAACAGAACAAGGCCUUUGAGAAGGCAUUGGCUGUGUAUGACAAGGACACUCCCGACCGUUGGCACAAUGUCGCGAAGGCAGUUGGAGGAAAGACAGCGGAGGAAGUGCAGAGGCACUACCAGGUGCUCGUGGAGGAUGUUCAAACCAUCGAGUCAGGUCGUGUUCCCUUCCCGAAUUACAGGACCACCGGAGCCACCAUUAAUGAUGAAAGGAUGAAAAACAUGAAGCUCCAGUGAAAGAAUAGUCUCUUGGCUGAAGAGAUGAUGAAGCUUCGGGGUUGAAGAUCCUAGAAGCACACAUCCAGAUAUAUAUGUACAUGUUGUAAUUUCCCAAUAAGUCCAGCAAGCCCAUUGUCUCCUUAGAAGCGUCCUAGUUAGUUCUCGUUCAUAAAAUGGAACUAUAACUUCGAGUUCCUAAUAUGUUUCUGUUCGGUGGAAAAUUCUAUAUAUUCUCUUCCCGAUAAUGAAAUGUAUGUUACUUAGUAUCU